AUUCAGCCUGAAAAAAAUGGUUCCAAACCGCAAAGUGCUCAGGAAGUCUGGUUUUGACUGUAUCCCAGAUCAUCCGGUCAACUCAGAUUUAGUGGCCAAAUUAAAGAAUGCCCUAGAAGUGGAGGAUGAAAAGACUGUGAUGCAUUUACUCUGCACUGAAGUUAAACAUGUUGACGCCACCAUAGAGCUCGCGAAUGAUGACUGGAUGAAGGACCCAGCAGCUCAACUGCACCCUCUGGUGUUAGUAGGCCUGUGGUCUCUGGAAUACAAGAGGGAUCUAACCAACCCCCUCUGCAUCUCAGCCAGCCAUGGACAUACCGCUUGCCUUCGCCACCUGCUCUUCUGGCGGGCCGACCCCAAUGCAGCCCCAGGAGGACGAAGUGCCCUCCAUGAGGCCUGUGGCAAGGGGCACACCAGCUGCACUGAGCUCUUGCUGGAACACAAGGCUAACCCUAAUCUUGUGAGUGACGAAGGUCAAGUUCCUCUGCACCUCUGCACUGGCCAGAACACACUGGGGUGUGCCAAAGCUUUGGUGAGAUUUGGUGCCCUGGUGAACCUGCCAAGUGAAGAAACCCAAGAAAGUCCUCUUCACAUUGCAGCCAAACAUGGCCUUUAUGACCACCUGCAGCUGUAUUUGAGGUAUGGAGCCACUGUGAAUGAGAAGAACAACAUGGAAGAGACAGCGCUCAGUGUAGCUUGCAGGGAAGCCAAGACUGUGGAGGACCAAGAGAGAUACUUGCAAGUAUGCAAACUGCUGCUGGUGUAUGAAGCAGAUGUGAACACCGUGGAUGAAGAAAAAAAGACCCCCCUUCACAAGGCCUGCAGGAACGCAAAUCACAGCUUGGUCCAGCUCCUUCUGCAGAGAGGAGCUGAUGUCAAUGCUAUAGAUUACAAUGGGGCAUAUCCCAUGUCCUGUGUCCUGCAGGCAGCAGCUUUUAAACAAGAACUGAAGCCACAUCUCACAGUACAAACCUUGCUAAACUAUGGAUCUCAGAAAAUAUGGCCUGCAGCUUUUGUCAAGGUACUGAAAUCUUGUGCCUCUGUGCCAGAAAUCAUUGAAAUCCUUUAUAAUUCCUACCAUCAGCUGCCAAUCUCUGAAAAAUGGGUAGAUGUUAUUCCAAAGGAAGAUUUUCAGAGGCACCUAGCUUUCUACGAGUCCUUCUUUACCCAAACGAACAGAGUGCAGCGUCUCCAACAUUUGUGCCGUUGUGAAAUCAGGAGGAGGUUUGGCAGUAAGUGCCAUUAUCUCAUCCCUUUGCUUCCUGUGCCUAAACCACUGCACAAAUACCUCCUCUUAGAGCCCGAGGGCAUCAUGCUUUGAACAACUGCCAGAUCACCAGGUCUCGUUGCUGUUGUGAACUCCCCAUUGGUCUAUGAUUUUGAAUAAAGACUUUACCAUUUUGGUUAAAAUGCAUGCAUGCAUGCACACACAUAAUUUCAGAAACUAUAUUGUUAUGAUCAGAGCUUUACAGUGAGAUGAAGCUUGUGGUUUUCCAGCAUUCGUGUAUGAUGUGCCUUGAUUUGAUAUUUAUUGUUUACUUCACAGUCUAUUUUUGAGCAAUACGUUAAUGCAAUAUAAAUAGUAUAAACAAUCUAUAUCAUAGAGCAGAGGUCCUCAAACUAAGGCCCGGGGGCCGAAUACGGCCCUCCAAGUUCAUUUACCCGGCCCUCGCUCAGGGUCAACCUAAGUCUGAAAUGACUUGAAAGUGCACAACAACAAAAAUCCUAUCUCAUCAGCCAAAAGCAAGCCCACUCUUCCCAUUGAGAUACUAAGUUUAUGUUUGUUAAAACUGUUCUUCAUUUUAAUUAUUGUAUUGUUUUUAAGUGUUUUUACACUACAAUAAUAAUGAUCUAGGAUUGUCUGCACACCCCUUUCCACUCCGAAAUUCUAUCCUAAUUAUAUAUUUCACCUGGUCAUAUUCAGCAUUAUUUUUUAAAAAAAUUAAUAUUACAUUUGGCCCAGCCAUAGGUUUCUAAACGUUGUUGUGCUACUGUUAAUGUUUACUGCUUGUGUUUUGUUUAUGAGUUUCAUUUUAUUGUUUUGUAUUGCUGUUGUUGUUUUUACUGAUGUAUUGUGGGUUUGGCCUAAUGUAAGCCAUGCUGAGUCCCUUGGGGAGAUGGUAGCGGAGUACAAAUAAAGUUAUUAUUAUUAUUAUUAUUAUUAUUAUUAUUAUUAUUAUUACAAUAAGAUAUGUGCAGUGUAAUCCGGCCCUCCAACAGUUUGAUAGACUGUGACCUGGCCCUCUGUUCAAAAAGUUUGAGGGCCCCUGUCAUAGAGGAUUAACAACACUUACGUAAAAGCAUUUCUUUCUGAAAUGUUGGAACACCAGUAAAGAGUGACUGAGUACAUUGCUUGGCAUUUUAUUUUAAAGUGCUAAUAAAGUAUGAAUGAACCAUG